AUGUUAAUAUUAAUAGUGUUAUCAUUAGCUUAUGGUCAAAUAUAAGAUGAACAAUAAUUGAAAAAUGCUGCUUGUGUUAUCUUUUCUAAAUACUAUUUGCAGUCCAAUUAGGAAUUAGCUGGUAGAACUGUAGCAGAAAUGGUUCAAUAAUAAGGGUUAACAUAAGAUGAUGCAGUUAUGUUUGCUGUUGCUUCUUUAGUUGAAUCAUGUUUAGAUAGUAUUUCUACUUAGUAAACAAUGGAUGUAAGUAUAUUUAUAAUAGAUAGAUUAUUUAAUCAUUGCAAUAAUAAAAAAUAAAUUUAGAAGCACAUAAACAUUUAGUUGAAAAAGCUGAUCUAAAAAAAUAUGGAUCAAAAAAAAAGAGUGCAAAAAAAAAUGAAAUUCUUAAAAUCAUUAAAUCAAUUGAUGAUUUGGUUAAACAAUAACAAAAAGAAUAUGAAGGAGGUGAUGGAAAUGAUCAAUAAGAUGGAGGUAGAAAGAGAUAGCGCAAUUAAAAUAAAUAAUAAGACUUAUCUGAUUUUUCUAUUUUUGAAUUAAAGGAAUGGCUUGUACUAUCAUCUUUUUUUUUAGUAGGUGUUUUACUAUCAUAUAUAAGUAUAUAAUUUCUUUAUUUUUAGUUUGUUGUGUUCCUGAGAGAAAUAAAAAAUAAAAAAAAUAAAAAAAUAAAGUUAAAUCAUAAGAAUAGGAUGAAGAUAGAUCUGAAUCAAAAAAAUAGGUUGAAAACUAAGAAGAAGAUGAAGACUCUCCAAAAAAAGUAGUAGAAGGUGAUGAAAAACAAAAAGUUGAAUGAAU